AUGCCAUCCUUCUCCUCUGACGCUUACCCAUCGGCUACUGCGACGACAACAACCACCACUACCACGGCGACUCACACCCGAGCCUUCGACUCGCCUCACCGAAAGUCACACGACAAAAGCUCUGUCGGAAACACCUUCCUGUGGACCAACUGGCCCAACGGCGACGCCAAUCACGACUCCCAGCAGAAUGACCGCCAAUUGCUCAGCGAUCUGAAGAACGGUAGCGCAUACUCCCUGAAUGGCCCCCGAUCGAGCGUCAGUUCCUACACGCGCGAACCGCCACUCUCCAAAGACGGCAGCAUGCACUCCAUCGGAAAUGGCUCCGCCAGAGACCCUCGGGACCCCCGAGAUAUCGGCGGCCGGCCGUCAGCUAUGUUGGACCGGAAACCCUCGGACGGUGCUCCUGGCGCCGGCUCAAUACCGGCAUCCAUUUCAAACCAACAGAUGAAUGGCUUGACCGCUUUUAACAUCCGCCCCGUCCAGGGGAAGCCGAUGGUCAAUGGCGACUAUCCUCGUGCCUCCGCAGAGGAACGCUCGAUCUCAGAGCGAGCGGCUAGUCCAUCCAACUCUUCUCUACAGGUUCCCCAUUCUGAAGAUGCGGGUCGCAUCUCUCCAGACCCCGAUCGAUUAGCCCCGAAGCCUGGCCAACACCGAUACUCAUCCCCUCCCGCCCCCUCCGUACACGAUGCCAGCUCCAUUCAGGAGUCUCAACCUCCCAGCGUUCGACAACGACACUCCUUGCAGGUUCCACGAGUCCCCAGUGUCCGGCGAAAUAGCCGCGAUAUUGGUGGUGAAGAUACUGCAUAUAGCAGUGGUCGAUUGUCGCCCACCAGCGCUAACCCACGCCGUACCUCCUUCAGCCUCAUGCGACGCGGAACAAAGACAACCCAGUCUGAUAUCAACCUUGACGAGGCCCAAACGGACGAGGAAGCUGCGCGCUGGGCAGAGGCCAUCAAGCAGAAACGAGCGAGACGGCGACGCGAUGAUGAGGAUGAUGAACGUGUCAUCGUAGGGACCAAGGUUGAUCAGAAUCAUGUGAAUUAUGUCACGGCAUACAACAUGCUGACCGGAAUCCGCUUCACGGUCUCGCGCAUCAAUGCGAAGAUGGACCGGGAAUUGACACCGGCGGACUUCGAUGCCAAACAUAAAUUCUCUUUCGAUAUGUUCGUAACCCCCUUACACCGGAACAUUUUGAUAAUUUCUAACCUUCCUCUGAACAGCACCGGAAACGAAUUGAUCCCCUCGGCAAAGUAUGACUUCAAGUUCAAAGAUUACGCCCCUUGGGUGUUCCGCCAUCUCCGCUCAAAAUUCCGCCUUGAUCCCGCCGAUUACCUGAUGUCCCUUACCAGCAAGUAUAUUUUGUCGGAAUUGGGCUCUCCAGGCAAGAGUGGUAGCUUCUUCUACUUCUCGCGCGACUACAAAUACAUCAUCAAAACCAUCCAUCACGCCGAACACAAGCUGCUUCGCAAGAUUCUGCCCGAGUACUACCGACACGUGGAGAAGAACCCCAACACCCUCAUUUCGCAGUUCUAUGGAUUGCACCGCGUGAAGAUGGCCUAUGGUCGCAAGAUCCACUUCGUUGUGAUGAACAAUCUAUUCCCCCCUCACCGAGAUAUCCACCAGACGUUCGAUCUGAAGGGCUCAACAAUCGGCCGAGACUUGCAAGAGUCGGAUCUUGAAAGGAACCCGCGAGCAACCAUGAAGGAUCUGAACUGGGUUCGACGCAACCGAAUCUUGCAAUGCGGGCCUGAAAAGCGAGGCUUCUUUGUGGAGCAACUCAAACGAGAUGUCGAGCUUCUCAAAAGGCUCAAGAUAAUGGAUUACUCUCUGCUGGUCGGAAUACAUGACGCCGAACGCGGCAACGAGGAAAAGUUAAGAGACAAGACUCUGCAGGUGUUCCAGCCCGGGGGCGAGGAAGCCGAUACGAACCAAAACGUGCUGAUGCGGACCCCGUCCAAACUUGAAAACGAACGCAAGGCUCGAGAACUUCGCAUGUUGAUCAAGCGCGAGCGACCCGUGCCUCUGGACAAGGCAGCUGCCAAAAUGCCAGAGGAGAUUUUGGACGAGCGGAAGUUCCAUAUUUUCUACGCGGAUGAUGGAGGAUUCCGCGCAACCCACGAGGACGGUUCCCCCGGGGAAGAAAUCUACUACCUUGGAAUCAUCGAUUGUUUGACACAUUACGGAACGGUCAAGAAAAUCGAGAAUUUUUUCAAGGGCCUUUCAAACGACCGCACACAAAUCUCGCCCAUUCCCCCAGAGGGUUAUGGUGAUCGUUUCAUCAGCUUUGUCAAGGGAAUUACCAUGUCCAAAGAAGAAGCGCAACGCCGACGGGAGUCCCGUGCAUCUCAGGGUACGCGACAGUCGGGCGAAAGGAGGACUUCUCGAGCUUCGUCUGUCGAACGACAGAUGCAUGCGGCUGAGAAGGAGGCGGCCAAGGAUGUCUCAAUCACGCAUCCUCGAACGCUAGCCACCGUCUGGGAUCCUGCAGAUGCAGCCAGUCCAGGCCCAACCUCGACUCUUCCGAUUGUGGACGAAGCGGGCGAGGCCAGCAGCGUUGGUGGUCAUAGCCAGCAUAGCCGGAAUGGAGCACCGGUCGCCGACAAGGACCUUCCUCCAGUUCCUCGUGAUGAUCGUCCAGUGCCACCUGGAAAAGGCAAGGGAGUUGACCGAGAAGACCAAUUUCUCUCUAGCAGCCCACGCAGGUAA